AUAUUUUACUGAAGUAGCUCACCUAUGAGUGGUCAAUGGUACAUUCUAUAGUGACUUGAAAUUUUACUUUCAGGAACUAUCAGGCAGCCCGAACCACAAUUACGACAGACAAAGUGAUGAGCUCAGGAGACUCCAACCCCGCUGCCACACCCACUCCUUGUGUGGACAUCCAGGGAGAUGGCCGAUGGAUGUCUUUGCAUAACCACUUUGUGUCUAACAGCAAGGAUAAGGAACCAGAUGUCCUGUUUGUAGGAGACUCUCUUGUCCAGCUCUUGCACCAGUUUGAGGUGUGGCGAGAGCUGUUCUCCCCUCUCCAUGCUCUCAACUUUGGGGUGGGUGGUGACGAAACACAGCAUGUCUUGUGGAGAUUGAGCAAUGGAGAGUUGGCCCACAUCAGCCCAAAGGUUGUGGUGCUGUGGGUGGGCACCCAUAAUCACGGUCACACUGCAGAACAGAUCUGUGGAGGCAUUAUGGCCAUAGUCCAACUCAUCAAGGACAAGCUGCCGAAGGCUUACACUCUCGUACUGGGAGUGCUACCCAGGGGUAAGAUGCCCAACCCCCUGCGGGAGAGGAACGCCCAGGUCAACAAGCUGGUCAAGGAGACCGUGUCCUCUCUCCCCCAUGCCUCCCUCCUCAACGUGGACCCUGGCUUUGUGCACUCGGAUGGCAGCAUCUCCCACCAGGACCUGUAUGACUUCCUCCACCUCACCCCUCAGGGCUACCAGGCUGUGUGCCAGCCGCUACACGCCCACCUCAAGGGCCUGCUGGAGAAACAGGCUGAAAACUGAAGACCAACUGAUGGAGAACUGAUGGCCAAUGACCCAAUGACCCCCUCACUACAUCAGAGGUAAAAAUCCUGGUCCUGGAGAGCCACAAGAGUACAGGCUUUUAGCACAUUCACUGCUUUUAGGACACUUUUUAGUAUUUAAGUACAGACAUUUGUUCCAACCCAUGAUUCAAAUAAUGAUCUAGUCCUUGAUUAGUUGAAUCACAUUGAAUGUUUUGAAUGCUGGGCUGGAAGAAAAGCCUGAACUUAAAAGGCUUUCCAGAACCAGGGUUGGUAUCCACUGCACAACUCUAUUCUGUGGGACCGUACUGUAACUCACCACCAAAAUGGCUGAGUUGAGGACCGCUAAGCACUAAUAGGAUCAAACAUCUGUGUUAGUAGUCAGGUUUGACCACUUAUCACCAUUUGAGAUUUGAUUGAGCUGAUUUGAGAGAUUGUCCUUCUCUUCAGUUUCAUUCUGUAUUAUGGAUAUGGUGCACAAUAUGUCAGGAUCUGUCUUUUCUGGCUGAUAGAUACUUUAUAAGAGCUUCCCCACAGAAGGGUUAGGAGAAUCCGAAAACCUACCAUACUAAAGGUUUGUUUUGUUUCCUCUCAAAAUAUCAACAUUUCCUGUCUUUUUCUCCUCACUUUGAAAACAUCUACAGUCCUAUUGAUCUGAUUGGUUACUAAUAAUAUCAUUUAAAAUCCCUCAAAUUGUGUCCCAUAUGUGUUUAGACACGGCGACCAUUUACGGUGACGAUGCAAGAAGGCAUCACUUGGCCAGUAUGCUCCACUGUUAAAGCAUUACUUGUUUCCGGUAUCUGUUUACCACUGUUGCUUUUUGUUACUUGUGAAGAUUUAGGCUAAAUAUGUCUUAUUUUGGCUGCACAAAUAUGGAGAAUGAAGGGGAAAGAUAUGGUGUAUUUGGAGUGAAUGAUGAGGGCAUUUCAAAGUAGCGCUGAGACUGGUGGGUAUUUAGCUUGGAUAUGACAUGAUACUGAGUCAGUGUGUAUGGAUGUGUUGUAGCUAACUUAUACUUGUCUUGCACUCUUUAUUCAAAGACACUCACCCCACAAGACCUAAGUCCCCCUAUAAAAGGCUGCAUAGACUGUUUGUAUAUACUGCAUAUAUAGUCCUAACUGCCUCUAUUUUGAAUGUUGAUUGUGGAAAAACUGAAUAUGUGAUGUCAAAAUGCAAUGCAUUAAAACCAAUGAAAGCUUA